AUGUCGUCCUUCCCGCCCGCCAGCCAUCCCAGCGCUGCUUGCUGCAGCAUCCCGCCCGUCGUGUCCACUGGAUACCAGGAGAAGGGGAGCUAUGAGGAAGUUGGCGGAUUGAAGAGUUAUGCCGUUGGCCCCCAGGACGCCGAAAAGGGCAUUGUCGUCAUCUACGACAUCUUCGGCUACUUCCCCCAGACCAUCCAAGGCGCCGACAUCCUCGCCACCUCCGACGAGAAGCAGAAGUACAGGGUCUUCAUCCCCGAUUGGUUCAAGGGCUCGCCGGCCGAUAUCUCCUGGUACCCUCCCACCGACGACGACAAGAAGCAUAAGCUCGGCACCUGGUUCAGCAAGAACGGCUUCAGCGAGACUGUCCCCAAGGUCCCCGGCUACCUCGACUCCCUCAAGGAGAAGUAUCCCAACAUCAAGAGCUGGGCCAUCAUCGGCUACUGCUGGGGCGGCAAAGUCGUAACCCUCGUCACUUCCGACCCCAACACCCCCUUCAAGGCCGGCGUGGCCUGCCACCCCGCCUUCCUCGACCCCAAGGACGCCCCCAACGUCCGCGUUCCCAUCGCCGUCCUCGCCUCCAAGGACGAGGACGCCGCCGACGUCAAGAAGUUCACCCACGACCUCAAGGUCGACCACCACGUCGAGACCUUCCACGAUCAGAUCCAUGGAUGGAUGGCCGCUAGGGCCGAUCUUGAGGAUGCGAGGGUUGUUGAGGAGUAUAAGAGGGGCUAUGAGACUGUGCUCAAGUUCCUUGGGAAGCAUCUGUGA